AUGCUUAAGAGAUCGGCUACUCUAAUCCUUGGCGCUUCUGCCAUUGUCCAUGCCUGCAGUGCUCCCAAGGCUAAUGAAGCUACCGUCAAGUUCAUUUCCACCUUUGAAGGAUGGUACGACCACGUCUACCCAGACCCUGGACCUCAGCACCUCGAGACUCUCGGAUAUGGUCAUCUUUGCAAGAAGCCUAACUGCGCAGAGGUCAAGUAUCCCUUCCCUCCUCUUUCCAAGGCCGAUGGCUUGAAGCUUCUUAGCGAUGACAUGUCGGUUGCCGAAAACUGCAUCUACCAAGACACAAGCGCCAAGGUCACUCUCAACGCGAACCAGUAUGGCGCUCUUGUCAGCUGGGCAUUCAACGUCGGCUGCGGGAACGUCGCGUCUUCCAGGCUUAUUCGACGUCUCAACGCAGGCGAGGACCCUAAUACCGUUGCUGCCCAGGAACUUCCUCAAUGGAAUAGAGCCGGUGGAAAGGUCCUCCCUGGGCUGACCCGUCGCCGCAACGCCGAGGUUGAGCUUUUCAAGACUCCUACCAAUGAUCCUGCCCUUCCUGCUUGUGUCAACCUGCCUCCUCCUGCUCACACUUCUGAGUCUGAGACCGCCACUCCUACUCACCACGCUACUUCGUCUACCCCUAAGCCUACCAAGACCAGCAGCCAAGAAAGCUCAGAGACUGAGACUGUGUCUACUCACUCUCAUCACACUAACCACACCACAACCAAGACUCACACUCACACUCACACUCAAACAUCGGUCCCGUCUACUCUGUCCACAAUCAAGAGUACCAGCUCAUGGGGUAACUCUACCGUGGCUCCUACGAGUACUGUUAGCUGGACUACUUCAGUUGUCUACACCACCGAGAUUCACACCAUUACUCAGUGUGCUUCGACUGUAACUGACUGUCCUGCUCGGCCUCACACGACCACAAAAACUAUCCCUCUGUACACGACAAUCUGCCCCGUUAUUGAGACUGAAGUUCCCACAAAGGUUCCCACAGCGCAGUCCAGCGUUCAAUCCAGCCUUCAGCCUGCCAGUAAGCCUACUGGUCAACCUAUCAGUCAGCCUGCCGGUCAGCCUACCGAGACAAUUGCACCUGUGCCUAAUGUCUCCACUGGUACGGGCUCUUUGCCCUCACAUGCAGACACAAACACCUGGACUGCGCCCUCGCAGACGUGCAACGGUAACUGCACCCAUGCGGCUCCUUCGAACCGCCCUCCUGUCAGCUCGGGCUCCAAGGCUGGUGUCAACUUUAUCGUCCUGCUGGGUGCUAUCACUGCCGUGGUUUUAUAG